UUAGAGCUUUUAUGGGCGGAUGAGUUCGAGAGCGAGACAUUCGACAGAAGCAAAUGGCAUGUCCUCAACGAAUGGAUAGGUGGUGCCUGCAAAGGCAAUCAACUUGGUCAGUUGCACUGCAAUCUGGAUAAUCAUAGAAACCUACAGUUGAGGGACGGAUGUCUGGCCAUUGCGGCCACUCGUGAGACCAGUUAUGGCGCCGCCAUUGACAUGAAAUAUUCGGCGGCAAUGAUAACGACGGCCGAGAACUGGACGUUCGGCCGCUUCGAGAUU